UCCCUGGUGCUCACUAUGCGCAGCCGCUGGGUGGGGGGAGCGGGCGGGGAGGGAGGCAAGCGAGCGAGCGCUCGACGGCAGCUCAGUCACGUCCCUGUGACCGCCGGGGAGGAUCCCGUCUGCCUGACUGCGCUUCCUUGCUCUCGCUAUGCUGCCCUCCGCGCAGGCAAGAUCCGCCCCGUUCCAGUCCUCCCCUGCCGCCUCGCCAGCUGUCACUCAUCAGAAGCCUUGCUGCAGCCACGGCAAGAACCGGGAGAGCGAGAAAAUGGCUGUUCCCCCUGCUUAUGCUGACCUAGGAAAAUCUGCCCGAGACAUCUUCACCAAAGGAUAUGGAUUUGGUUUAGUAAAGUUGGAUUUGAAAACAAAAUCUGAAAAUGGACUGGAAUUUACAAGCUCAGGUUCAGCAAACACAGAAACAAGCAAAGUUACUGGAAGUUUGGAAACCAAGUACAGAUGGACAGAAUAUGGCUUGACUUUCACAGAGAAAUGGAAUACUGAUAACACACUAGGCACAGAGAUAACUUUAGAAGAUCAGCUUGCACGUGGACUGAAGCUGACGUUUGACUCCUCAUUUUCUCCUAACACUGGAAAGAAGAAUGCUAAAGUUAAAUCUGGAUACAAGCGGGAACAUAUCAACGUGGGAUGCGACAUGGAUUUUGAUAUUGCAGGUCCAUCAAUACGUGGUGCUUUUGUUGUUGGCUAUGAGGGUUGGCUGGCUGGCUACCAAACGACUUUUGAAACAGCUAAAUCCAGAAUAACUCAGAGCAAUUUUGCUGUAGGUUAUAAAACGGAUGAAUUUCAGCUUCACACCAAUGUGAAUGAUGGUACAGAAUUUGGUGGCUCUAUUUACCAGAAGGUCAAUGACAAAUUGGAAACAGCUGUCAAUCUUGCUUGGACAGCUGGAAACAGCAACACUCGUUUUGGAAUAGCAGCCAAAUAUCAAAUUGACCCAGAUGCAUCUUUCUCUGCUAAAGUGAACAACUCCAGCCUGAUUGGUUUAGGAUAUACUCAGACUUUGAAGCCAGGUAUCAAAUUGACAUUGUCCGCUUUGUUGGAUGGGAAGAACGUCAAUGCAGGUGGCCACAAACUAGGUCUAGGACUGGAAUUUGAAGCAUAAAAGAAGGGAUUGUACUGUUGCUAAUUCUGAGAUGCUUCACCGUAUAGCUACUUUCUGAAUUUAGUGUACUUUUUCAAUGUUUUAUGUCUGGGAUAAAAUUAUUGCCAUGUGUCAGUCAUGUUGAACCUGGUUAAAGAUGGCAAAGUUUCAAAAUACAUGUUUCCAGGGAGGGCUGUUUUCUGUGAUUCCAGAUCUCUUGGAAAUGUUUAUAGGAUGUAACUGUUAUAUGAAGGUCUACUUCCGUCUUUAAUCUUUUCUGAGGAUAACAGCUUGGUGUAAAGGAAGACCGUCUAGAAGUUCAUGCUUUGAAAAUGUCAAUCCACUACAGUGUCCAGUAAAUGCACAUUCCUGACACUCAGUAAUCAGGUUUUUGUUCUGUGAGGGAGUGUGCAAACUGGUUUGAAAAGGGACUGCUUAGGCUGAUGCAUCAUACACUUGUUUUUUAAGUCUUACUUAGUUCUCCCUCUUACACCUACAGCUCUUUCUACACCAAUGGCUUGUCCUUGGAGUGCUUUAGAGUGUUCACUUUGUAUAAAUUUGGCGUGUAGAAAGUUUGAUGUGAUUCAGCCAAUAAAAUUCACAUCCUGUGUUGUGGUUCCUUUCCCUUGUAACAAUUAUGGAACAGUUUGAACAACAGAGCCAUGAGCAAGGAAGAGUCUUUGUAAUUGUAAUCACCUAGUAGCAUUGCAUUAAACAAAAUGGACUUUGGUUUAUUAUUAUUUUUUUAGCAGUAAUGGGUACAUUUUUAGUCUUCCAUUUUUUGUGUGUGUGGAACUAGACUCCCCUCCCCACAAGCUGUACUGGACACCACUUAAAACUGAAAAAACCAAACUUGAAUAAAACAUUGAAACUUCA